UGUUGCAUUUGUUUUGAAAACAAAAUGGCGGUUUGGGGUGUAUCAAUAUUAAAUUCAUGAUAUCUCAAGGUAGAUUGACGUUUUACAAAGAUGUAAUCUUUGUUUCCCAGAAGUAGAACCUGAAGGUAACAAGGUGAGCUGAAGAUCGGUGAGAAAUGAGCUCAGGUACCGGUGCAUGGCUGAAAGCCUCUGGAUCGCGUGGGAUCAGAAAGCACCAGGGAGCACAUCUGGUGCCCGAUUUAGGCGUAAUGUAAAUGAAGAGAGAUUUUGUGACGCCUCACACAUCACACGACACUGGACAUGCGCAAACCGAUACGAUCUGAUAGACGCGACAGAACCAUUCGGCUCUGCACUUGCAAAUCGCUUUUUAACUCUAGACCUUUUUUGUUUUUGUCUUCCAACCAUGUGAUGAUGUCGUUGUGCACACACUCCGCGGCAAGGCAGUGACCCCGUCUGAAGUUUUCGCUAUCAUUCCGGAAACAAUUGCGACCUUAUGACCUAACGAUAUCAUUACGGGCUGAAGAGUUUAAACCGUACGAGCCCAGACCUUUCGUGGUGGUCAGUAAAUUGAAAGCUACUGGACUUCCAUUGUGCUUUAUUGUGAGUUUGUUUUCGCGAUUUGUGACUCUUCUCUAAUCACAGUUGGGUCAGGUUUUCCGGCUUCUCUUCAAGCAUUUUGGCUUCUCGAUGCAGCCGAAAGUGCGGUGUGUUGCGUCCACAACUUGCGGUUUCUUCUUUCGCCUACACUGUAAUGGAUUUGCGUAGCUCCAACUUACUUCAGUUCAGUAUAUUUUGACACAAAAGCAUAUCAAAUUAUCGUAGCGUAGCCGACUUUUGAUGUGUAGUUCAGACGCCGAUCAACUCCGUAAAUUUGAAUUAUAUUUUGAUCUUCCCAGGUGGCUUCUAAUUUCACGGCAGGACUUUUCCGCGGGUGGCGGGUGGCGGGUGACGGGUGACGGGUGACGGGUGACGGGUGGCGGGUGACGGGUAGCGGGUGGCGGGUGAGGGGUAGCGGGUGGCGGGUGGCGGGUGUCGGGUGGCGGGUUAAAAAUAUAUAUGAAAAUAAAAUAUUAUAACAAAAUAUUAUUAUUGAUAAUGAUAUAACUGUAUGUUGUAAUUUUGAAAUUAUUUCAACGUUUACGUACUAGUUACCAGACUCCAAAUAAAAGUAUUGUCUUGUUUUGUUUUAUCUACUUACGCGGACUAAAAAGAAAUCAUGCCUGUGAAAACAGUCACCCCUCCUUGCUCCGCACCGCAAGUGACGUUUCGUCAGGCUACACGCGGUGUGUCAAAUGAAAACGGACUAUGUCAAGCAAGACACAGGGCACUUGUCGAUCUUGUUUGUCUAGUUUGCUUUUUCUUCCACAUCAAGACGAAAGAUGAUUGCACUUCCCCAACUGUUUAGCCGUGUUUAUAACAGACUGCAAGAGAUUCUAUUAUUCUACACGAUAUCGCAUGCACGAGAUAGCUUGAGGAACUCAUAAAAAUUAAAGUAAUAUUUAUCCUGCGACCAGACAAGUAAGAUCGCAUUCUCUUCUCGACAUGUUUGAACAGUGUCUCAGAUUUUUGACAAGUGCGUUUGUUCUUUUGUUAUAAGUUGGGAUAAACAUUGCAUUGCCCGUGGGAUAAAUCUUUGCCAAUUUGGUUCCCGACUUUUAGUUUAAAAUGAACAAAAUGUCUACUUCGAGAAAACAAGGAAAUUUCUUUAAGACUAAAGCAACAAAGCUGUCAAUGUUAAUGCGUGCCAGAGAAGGAGCAAGAACGUUUUGGACACAGCAUGGACCGUUUUCGCCGCAUGUGGCGUCUCAGACGCGAAUUGAUCUCCUUGUAUAUAUAUACAAAAAGGAUCUGUAUUUUUUAAAUACUACUCAAAAAUACCGAUUAGGAUGGCAAUCAUGCCGCAUACUAGGGCAAAAACUGAGCUACGACACGGGAGGCCGAAUCUCUUGCAGUCUGUUAUAAACACGGCUAAACAGUUGGUGAAGUGCAAUCAUCUUUCACAGGCAUGAUUUCUCGUUUUUUUUUUCCAUUUUUAGUCCGCGUAUUAAAGUAGAUAAAACAAAACAAGACAAUACUUUUAUUUGGAGUCUGGUAACUAGUACGUAAACGUUGAAAUAAUUUCAAAAUUACAACAUACAGUUAUAUCAUUAUCAAUAAUAAUAUUUUGUUAUAAUAUUUUAUUUUCAUAUAUAUUUUUAACCCGCCACCCGCCACCCGCCACCCGCCACCCGCUACCCCUCACCCUCCACCCGCUACCCGUCACCCGCCACCCGUCACCCGUCACCCGCCGCCCGCGGAAAAGUCCUGCCGCUAAUUUCAUGGUAAUUUGUAUAAUGUUGAUUUGCAUAAUGGGUUUUGUCUGAAAUCUUAAAAAUUCGUUUACUGUCGUUAUAGCCAGAAUCUCUUCUUUAUACUUUAUGAAAAUAAUGUCAAAAAUAGUCUUAAAAUAUUUUUUUUGCUGUGGAAAUCCGCCUUUUAUGUAGCAGCAUUACAAAAGUUAAAACUUGCAAGAGGUGACAGGCCGCAUAUCUUCACCGGUGUGAAACCUUUGAAACCUUUUAUAUAUUGCUCCAUUGAGGAGACCUCUUUCAGGGGAUCUUACAGUUUAAAAUUUGAACGAUGAUAUCGCUUCUAUAUAGCGGACCAAGAUACGGCUCGGUACAGUUUAUGUUCAGCAAGGGAAAAUUUUGUAAGUGGAACUUAACCUUUUAAAUGUUCAACAGACAAUUUAUUCAUUGCGCGCGUAUUCCUGUUGAAUUUGUAGCCCGUUUAUGAGAUAUGUCUACUCAAAAAUAUAAUAUUUUUUCCAUAAAAACCAUGCUUGUAAAACUCACAUUUCUUCAGAAAACUAACAUGGAGGGCGAUAGUGAAGACGCCACUUCUCAGAGCCUGCUCAACAUAGAAGCCGAAACCUCUCAGAGCCUGCUUAACACAGAAUACGAUCAACUGAUCGGUAGAGGAGACGAAAAUAGCAGCGACAACGAGGACUAUGGGCUGACAAGCUACCAACAACCUCCACCACAAGAACCACUAAGGAAGAACGAAGCAAAAAAGAAAAGAUUUAAAAAGGAAAGCAAGCGAAGUUCCAACCACCACAACAGCAAAGAUAAAGAAAACAGAAGAUUCCAUAAAACUUGAAAAAUCAUUUGAAAGGAACACUUGUCCGAAGCCACUUAGAUACUCUGCACGGGCCAACAUACCGGCAGAUGAACAAUUUAAAAAAGGACAUUAAGGCCAUCAAACAGAAAGCCGAGCGCGGUUUUGUCGAAGCCCUAACUAAGUUUCACUACCGUCGGCUAGAAAAACAGAAACAGAAACUACAUAAGGAAAUGUCCUUAACAAACCGUAAGGGCCGCAAGGACAGCAAAAAUGUAAACGUAUCUACUACAGAGGAUCGUAAUGAAAUCAAAGCUUUAGCUUCAAAACUAAAAGAGCAAUACGAGUACCUUUUGUCAAAACUUAAUAGUGACACAGAGAAUAAAAAUUGUGAAAAGUACUCACAAAUGUGAACGACACCGUGGGUGGGUCAAACAAAAUUACAGGGAAAUCAUUCUCUAGAAAAAUACAAAGGAAAACUGCCACACGCAAAGAAAGGAGAAAAAAAUCUUCCAAGAAAAAAGUCAGUUAUCAAACUACUAAAGGGGGAAAAUAUAUUAAGAACCUCUCAAACAGAAAAUUAACUGACGCGCAAAUUAGUUUAAUCUCUCGAGGUCUCAAAUUUAUACCAGUCAACAAAUCUAUUAACAGAGACAAAAUACGACGACAGUUGCUACGAGAUUUUGAAAAUUUUGCAAGGCGAAUGCGCCUUAAAUAUAUGUUCCACGGAAAAAAUAGGGAAGUUCACCCUUUCCACGUUAAAUCUGACUGGCACCCACCGGUUCAACCAUCAGUAGCCCUCGAGAGUUAUCUGGAAGAAGUUAAAUCACAACUCGCAGAGAUAAAAAUAACAAAGCCAAAAAAUAACUUGUCAGGCAAGGAACACGAAGCUUUAACAGAAUUAAAGCAAAACACAGACAUCAACCUUAAAAAAGCGGACAAGGGGAGCACUACAGUAGUCAUGAACAAAACCGACAAAAUAAGAGAGGGUCAAAUACAAAUCGAAGACAAACAUAACUACAGACCUCUCUCUGAACCCAUGGUGAAAGAAACGCACAGCAAGGUCUUGCUCCUAAUUACAGAUCUUCACCGUGAAAAUCAUAUUGAUGACAUGACAAGAAAAUGGCUAUCUCAAACACCUAAUCCACCCAGAAUACCAGAGUUCUACACUCUAACGAAAAUUCACAAGCCAACCAUUACAGGGAGACCAAUUAUCCCCGGCUGCGAUGGUCCAACAGAAAGAAUUUCCUCUUUUGUUGAUACAUUACUGCAACCAAUAUCAAAAAUACAGAAAUCAUACCUUAAAGAUAUCACCGACUUAUUUCAAAUUUCAAAAUACGCUUGAUUGACAGAGGCUACCCACAAACUAUGAUAGAAAACCUUCUAUCAGAUAUAAAGUUCACAGAGAGGGAGUCUGCUCUCCUGAAACACAACAACAAAGAGGAAAAAGAAAUAUUGCCUUUCGUGACACAGUACCAGCCCUCAGUGUCUACUUUAAAAGAAGUUUUAAUGAAAAACUGGAAUCUUAUACAAAACCAACCGUUACUUCGCCAAAUUUUCAAAGAAGCACCUAUCAGUUCCUACAAGAAAGGAAAAUCCCUAAAGGACAUGCUCGUUAGAGCUAAAAUAUAAAAGGUUUACACAAGGUUUCACGCCGGUAUAGAUGUGCGGCCUGUCACCCCUUGCAUUUUCUCUUUGGCCUAGUAUCAGGCAUCCCAUAGUUCAGCAACCUAACAUUGUACCAGAACGUUCACCCUGUAGUCCUCCAGCGGAUUAGAACGCAAUUUACGUACGUUCCAAUCCUUGCCUUAUUCUGUUUAUGAAUGGCGUUUUCUCCACUGAAUCCAAUAACCCAGAACUACGAGAAACAACCGUCUCUCAUUCAAUGGCUUCCGGUGUAAAUUUAAAGUUUGUGAUCAGAGACAAAUCACCCCAUUAGCUGAAACAUUUUUCACAACCAUACUCCUAGUGAUGACCAAAUCAAGUGUACGAUUCCGUCUGUGGGUUGGGGCUGUCACAUAUACCUCAGGCCGAUCGAGACUUGUAUUUCUGUCAGGGAUGGUUCAUUCCUCGUGACUGUUCGGUGGGUAACAGACAUACAACGCAAUUUCACAUGAAUUCUGUCGAUGAAAACAAACAGUACAAUUACUCCGAUCCGGUUACUACAAGCUCCCUUACCUUGUGAACUCAUACAGGUAUGGUCCUGCAUCACAGCCUUGCAAGGUUAUGGAGGUUGUAAUAUGAGUUUAUGCCGGAACGCAGUUUACAACAUAAACCUGUGAGGAGCAACGAUUUUUCUGUUAGAAUUAAAAAAUAAAACCGAAAAGCUCCGGUAAUGCCAUAGAACUGACCUAUUUCCUUAAUAGCGAAGUACGCCUGCGCUCACACAUGGCCAUUUUUGUAAAUGUUAAUGCCGUACGGAAAUACAAUUUUGUUGAUUGUUUUUUGUUUUGGUUUGUGUACAAAACCUGUGCUGUAACGAUCGAUUCUAAAUAUCAUUACGGACUUUUCGGUCACGAAUGUUGACAUCUUUGGUAAAACACAAGUCAGUUUCUAGUUUUUUUUUUCUUUGCUUCUGGUGUUACAUAGUGUACGUAGUUCCUUUUUUUUCACCCAUAUGCCUUUUUAGUGCCCCUUUUGUACUAGGGGAGUCGCUUAUUUGUUCAGUGCUGACCGCUGACCGUGGGAAGGGGGAAUAGGACUGGUAUGUACGCAGAGAUCUUCGUUUCAUUAUUUUACAACUUUUUGCUAUUUAAUUCUUUAAUUUUUCUUUGGAAGACUUUUUUUACCCACUACAUUUACCCACACCCACGACCCACGACAUUUAGCUACACUGCAAAAAUUCAUGCGUCCUCCAUUUUUGGAACCUGAAAUACUGAAAAAUAUUUGGGUGCAAGUUACAGAAAAAGGAACUGUAAUCCAUACUAAGUAGAACAUGUCUUACAUCAUUUCUUUUAAAAUGCAGCCAAUCCGAGCAAGUACUUCACUCUUCAUUGAUACUUGUGAUGCUGUGUGAUGCCUUGUUAUGCCUUGUGAGCCUUUGAUAUCCUGUGUGAUGCCUUUUGAUACCGUAUGAGUCCUUGUGUCGUUGUGUGAGGCCUUGUGAUGCUGCGUGAGGCCUUGUGAUUCUGUGUGAUGCCUUGUGAUGCUGUGUGAUGACUUGUGAGGCCUUGUGAUGCUUUGUGAUGCUGUGUGAUGGCUUGCGAUCCUUUGUGAUGCUGAGUGACGCCUUGUGAGGCCUUGUGAUGUUGUGUGAUGCCUUGUGAUGCUGUGUGAGGCCUUGUGAUGCUGUGUGAUGCCUUGUGAGGCCUUGUGAUGCUUUGUGAUGCUGUGUGAUGCCUUGUGAGGCCUUGUGAUGCUUUGUGAUGCUGUGUGAUGCCUUGUGAUGCUUUGUGAUUCUGAGUGACGCCUUGUGAGGCCUUGUGAUGUUGUGUGAUGCCUUGUGAUGCUGUGUGAGGCCUUGUGAUGUUGUGUGAUGCCUUGUGAGGCCUUGUGAUGCUUUGUGAUACCUUGUGAUGCCUUGUGAGGCCUUGUGAUGCUUUGUGAUGCUGUGUGAUGCCUUGUGAUGCUGUGUGAUGGCUUGUGAUCCUUUGUGAUGCUGAGUGACGCCUUGUGAGGCCUUGUGAUGUUGUGUGAUGCCUUGUGAUGCCUUGUGAGGCCUUGUGAUGCUUUGUGAUGCUGUGUGAUGCUGUGUGAUGCUGUGUGAUGCCUUGUGAUCCUGUGUGAUGCUGUGUGAUGCCUUGUGAUCCUUUGUGAUUCUGAGUGACGCCUUGUGAGGCCUUGUGAUGUUGUGUAAUGCCUUGUGAUGCUGUGUGAUGCCUUGUGAGGCCUUGUGAUGCUGUGUGAUGCCUUGUGAGGCCUUGUGAUGCUUUGUGAUGCUGUGUGAUGCCUUGUGAUCCUUUGUGAUGCUUAGUGACGCCUUGUGAGGCUUUGUGAUGUUGUGUGAUGCCUUGUGAUGCUGUGUGAGGCCUUGUGAUGCUGUGUGAUGCCUUGUGAUGCCUUGUGAGGCCUUGUGAUGCUUUGUGAUGCUGUGUGAUGCCUUGUGAGGCCUUGUGAUGCUUUGUGAUGCUGUGUGAUGCCUUGUGAGGCCUUGUGGUGCUUUGUGAUGCCUUGUGAGGCCUUGUGAUGCUUUGUGAUGCUGUGUGAUGCUUUGUGAUCCUUUGUGAUGCUGAGUGACGCCUUGUGAGGCUUUGUGAUGUUGUGUGAUGGCUUGUGAUCCUUUGUGAUUCUGAGUGACGCCUUGUGAGGCCUUGUGAUGUUGUGUGAUGCCUCGUGAUGCUUUGUGAUGCCUUGUGAUGCCUUGUGUGGUUGUGUGAGGCCUUGUGAUGCUGCGUGAGGCCUUGUGAUUCUGUGUGAUGCCUUCAGUGAUGCUGUGUGAUUCUGUGUGAUGCCUUGUGAGGCCUUGUGAUGCUUUGUGAUGCCUUGUGCUGUUGUGUGAGGCCUUUUGAUGUUGUGUGAGGCCUUGUGAUACAGUGUGAUACCUUGUGAAACUACGGUGAUGUCGUUUGAUGUCGUGUGACACUCAGUGUGUUUCCUUGUUACGCCCUGCAAUGUCUUGCGACAAGGUUCUCGGCCCAUACCUUCUCUGCCGCUGUUGACUACGCAACCGCAGAUCAGACAAUAAUUGGGUUACUCCUCCUCUCGUCUGUGUCGGUUGUGCUGUGUGGUGUGUGAUAGAUCACAAAUUUCAUGCGGUCAUUACACUCUUCCUAAAUCGUGCAUGGUAUAAGGGAGCACUCAAUGUGGCAAAACGCCGACUGUCUACAAGAAACAGAUCUAAAGUGGAGAGACUUAGAGAGUACCUAAACGAUCUUCAUCUAGAAGAGAUAGAAACUGCAGCCACAGGUCGUAAAGCCUGUGGAAAGGUUCCAAGAUUGCAAGUCGAGUUGCGCGAUAUUCAAGUCCAAGAAGGAAGUAGCAGUGCUGGGAUCUUAGUUCGAAAUGAUGAUGAUCCGAUUGUAGGAGCUAAUCCGAUUAUUAAGAGAAAAGCUGGUGGAAAGCACAGGAAAAUUAGAUCAGCGUUAAAGACAGUGAACUUUGAUAGUUCUGUUCCAAGUGAAGAUAAAAAAUCACCAACCUCAGGGAUUUGUUUCCAAACCAACAAACACGCACUGAUUUCUAAGGGCGCGCUGGACGAAGUAUACCCUUCAGACAUUUCACAGUCUUCUAGCUGUACAGGAAAAGGAGACAAGUUUCUCUCAUCUUUAUCAUCAGGUCAUAUGCGCAGGCCAAAACGAAAAUCUGACAGAACAAUUAAGCAUGCGUUUGUUCCUUUAAUAGAUUUCAAUGGAACGAGAGAUCAGAAUGUGGGUAAUGACAGUAACAGAACUCUUGAUAUUAAUGACAAUGAUAAUGUUGAUUCAGAUAUUUCUUGUGAUAAUGAUGAUGACAAUUUGAUGGACAGAGAUGAAUCUUCACUCUCCCCACCCAACAGUCCACUGUAUGACAUGCCCCCACCCUCUACCCCUGCUCAGAAAAAGACAAGAAGAGAAAAGCGGAGCAUCCAGUUAGAAAGAUGGCGGAAAUAUGAGGCAUCAAAGUCUCGACAAGAAAGAUACCAGAGACGCAUGCAGGAAUCGGCCAAAACAGUUCAUCAAAAUGACUUAGCACAAGACUCAAAGAGGGUAAAGUGGAGUGUUAAUUUGGUGCAGACAGUCUACAUUGAUGACAAAAAACAAUGAUACAAAAUAUCAGUAUUACUAGUAUUACAGUCAUGUUCUGUUCAAGGUGCCAGGUACAAUACCUCCUAGGUGAUGGUCAAUAGUGAGGCCCCAGCUGGUAGGGUAAAAUUUGGACAAGUGAAAUGGACUUGAGAAACAGGGAUGUAAGACUGGAUAAAAAGUCGACAAAUGGCAUAAAGAUGAGUUUAAUACAGACGGGGACAUGGCCUACUCCACAAAAAAUGUGGAACGGCCAUAUUUGAGAUUCAGACUAGGGAUAUAUGUAUCCCCGCCCCCUUAAGAGGACCUCAAUACUGUACCACCCACUCUUGAGAGACAGGAUUGUAACUAAAUGUUAACCUUGUUACUAAGCAACACACUGUGUUACAAAGAAUUCUGGAAGCAGUGGUCCCCAGGGCUGUCACUAAGAAUUCAAGUGUGCAGGUAAAAUAAUAAAACAUAUACAACAAGUAGGCAAAUAAUCAAACACUGAGUUAGGGAAUUCUUUUGGUUUUAACAUAGGAAAAUAGAAGAAUAUGUUUCCUGCGAAAACAGCCAGGGGUCACAUGUUCCUUGUCGUUCCUCCUUAAGUCGGGAAAAAUCCCUGGAUCCCGGCCCUUAAUGAUAGCGCGGUCAAUCCAAACCACUUUGUAGUCAAGAAAUAUCAUCACCUCUUGUCACUUCACACAGGUUAUAAUCACCAGUCGUAAUAAAUUUACUGACAGUCCUGGGGGCCCUGUUACUUUGAGAAAUUUCAAUCCUGCUAUCCAUUAACUAUAUAUAACCAUAUAAUACGUUGUGAUAUGAGAGAGUAGUGUUUUAAACUAUAACAGCUGUAAGGGAUAUAAACCAAGUUGAAAAAAAAAACAUAAGUAAUCAGGGGAAACAACCUUUCCACACAGGCAGAACUUACAGAACUGUGGAGAAAUUUAAACAACCCAUAACUUUGAUGUUUAUAACUUUAAGCACAAUGGUUCCAACAUGAACAGUGAAUAUUAUGUUGGGUGUGAACCUCUUUAGCGAGGCUAUUAUGUUUAGAUUUCUGCUGUUAUAAUUACUCGUCUGGCCGUUGCUUGGUGGUUUAUUGUUCAAAAUUUUGCUAGUUUUUUAUACCGGGUGUACUAGAGUGUUGGACGCUUGACCCUCAAGCUCAUGAAUCAAAUGUUGUUUUGACAGUACUAAAGAUGUAAAACAAAUUUUUCAGUUGAUGAGGACUACAACAUUACUUUGGGAACUGUUUUCUGAG